AUUGACGUGAGUCUCAAGGCUCCGGGGCCAGGCAGAGGUGAACUUACUGAACCGGAAGGGGGGAGCGGGAGGGGGAGCGGGCACGUUCGCACUGGCAGUUUAGGUUUAGGUUAGGUUUUUGCGUGCAUUGGCGCAGAGCUGGAGUAAAACUGGGGUCCGGCAGGGGACGGAGACUUUUCGGGGGCUGUGUGAGUGUCUCUGUGUCUCUGUGUGUGCGAGUGACGAAGCUUCUCCUCUUUUGUGGAGAGCGCUGGCGAGCGAGAUGAGAAUAGAAGAGAGAUGAGAAAAGGGACCGCGGAGAAGAGAAUUCAAGAUUUCUUUCUUUCUCUCUGAGAGGGGGAGAGAGAGAGAGGAGAGGAGAGGAGAGAAGAAGGGUGGGGGGUGGGAGAUUCCGUGCGGGAGGGGGGAGGUUCAAGAAAAGGGGAGGAGAGGAGGAGAGGAGGAGUAGGGUGACUUUAUUUGUACUAUACCACACAGUGGUAGAGAAUCGAUCGAUCUGGAUCCAUGCGUUGUUGUCUGCUUUAAAGCAGCUGCGGUGUAUUAUUUGAAUUUGUUUAUUUUGGUGGUGCUGGUGGAAUGAGAGGCAUGGGUCGUGGGAAAAGAUCGGGAUCCUCAUCAAGCUCCGGCAGUGAUUUGGCACCGAGGAGAACGAAGAAUGAGAAGAAAGAUGAUGAUCGCGGCGGAGGAGCUGAGGAGGCGAGGGGGGAAGGUGGUAGUGGUGGUGGAGGAGGAGGUCAGUGGAGCUCGCAGGGAGGUGCCGGUGAUCGUAAGGGAGCCGGAGCUGCCAUUGGUAGUGAUGAUGAGGACAGUGGAAGGCGCGAUGGCUACCGUCGGGGAUCAGAUGCUAGUAAGUCGUCUCGUGAUCGCCGCGAGCAGGGUCUGAGUGAGCGACACAGAGAUGGAGGAGGCAGGCAGGAGCGGGCUGGCAGGGAGUCGGAGCAGUGGAGUAGGGUUCGCUCUGAGGGUGGUUCCGAGAGGGGCAAGGAGAGGCUUGAUUCGGACGCCUACGAGCGAGGACGGUAUGAUUCGGAGAGAGUGAGACGGGAUAGGUAUGACCCGGACUCGAGCAGAUCAGAGCGAGAAAAACGUCAGAGGACUGAUAGAGAUAGAGACAGAUCUGACAGAGAUGGAGAUGGGCGAGACCGUUCUUAUUCGAGGAAUGAGAGCAGCAGGGAGCGCCAACGGGGUGACCGCGAUGAGAGACCACAUCGUGGAAGAGAUUAUUCCAGGGAAGAAGAUGAAGAGAGAGAAUUCUCUAGACCCAGAGCUCGGGAGAUUGCACGGAAUGCUGAAGAGAGAGACGUUCCUUCUCGAGCCCGUGGUAAAGAACCCGCCAGGAUUGAGGACAGCAGAGACCUCCUGGUGAAAAGUGGGGAGAGAGAGUCUCCAAGAAGCGUCAAGGAGUCGGAGCUCCAUGUCAGAGGAGGAACCUUGGAGGAAAGUAAGGAGUCGUCAAGAGCGAGGGGCAGAGAAACUGCCGAUGAUGGGGAGAGGGUUCCUUCGUAUGGAGGCAGGGACCGGGAGAGAGAGUCUCCUAGAAGAGGUUCUGGGUCCAAAAAUGAACCAGAAAAAAGCUCAGGAAGACCACGAAUGGCUGACCCGAAAGAGGAAGAGCAGCGAGAUGACGAUGCGGGCGAACGUGCCAGAUGGCCUAGGCGCGAAAGGGAAUCCUCACCUGAGGUCGGCGAGAUUGAGCUCGCCAAGUCGAGAAGAAAUGAAUUUUCUGAGGAGAGGAGGGUGAGAGCGAGGAGGGACAAUGAUGUGGACAGAGCAAUCGAGAGGGAAGAGGGUGUAUCAGGAAGACGAGGUAAGGUCCGGAAGGAAAGAGAGCAUUCUUCUGAUGAGGAAGAUAGAUCCACUAGACGGCGCGUGGACGAUGAUCCACUAGUCGCAGUGGGCAGGGGCAGAGGAGUCGCGUCCGAAACUCCUGCUGGUGCAUUGGCUGACGAGGACCUCUCUCUGAGUCUAGCAGUACGAACUGCGAAGGACGAGGCCGGUCGAGUGGAGUCUGUUGAAAUGGCUGUCGAGAAAGUGAGGAAUGUUCACAGUGAAUCCUCUCCCUCUCCUACUCGCUCCAAGGCUUUGAGAGAUAGGGAAAAGCCAGCGUUGCAGAUCAAUGUGGACAAUCAUCAACUGGGAAGAAUUGCCAGCCCCAGCCCUAAAACUAAGCCCAACUUGCCGAGUGCAAGUGAAAGUGAAACUGGAGGCUCAGACUCUAGUCGUGGCGCGAGUCCUGCUAUGAGCCUCACACCGGAGAGGGCUACAUUCACGAAGCCUACUAGAGCAACUCCAGACAUUCGUCGUGGUGAGCGGAGUCCUAAUCCCAGUCCGCUAAGCCCUCGGAGUCGACUACCUCCUCCUGGUGCACUUGGAGCCUUGAGUCCUAUCGUACCAUCUAAGUUGGCCGAAGAAGGGGUACCAGGAGAGAUCGUUGGUACCGGGGUUGAUGAUAACCUUGAUGCUCCCUCUGCUUUGAAUGGUGAUGAGGAGAUAUCCAAACUCAAGCGGCAUGGAGGGGAUGUGAAGCCCACCGUCAAUAUGAAUGAGGGUGAAGGUCUACUUGAGGACGGUGAGACGCUUGAUCGUUGGGUUCCUGAAGAUGACGGUGAUGAGUUGCCGAUUCUAAGCAGGGGAGGGAAUGGGAACGCGUCACCCAUGGACUAUGCCAACGAGGGUCGCAACAGAUCUUCCCACCGGGAGAAUAGAUGGAAUGAUAGGAGGGACUCUGGGAGGGGAGACAGAAGAACUGCGAGAGAUGAUUCCAACAUGGGGGACAAUUCUGCUCAUGGAAGUGGGAGAGGGAGAUACGGAGACCAGGGUAGAUACGGAGGUGACGAGAUGGCGACGUCCAGGGGAAGAUACAAUGAUACGAGCAGGCAACGAAAUUCUGACGACUUCGAAAGAGGAGUGCGGGGGGAUAGCGAGAGAGAUGGUUAUCGUCGAAACGGCGAGCAAAUGAUGAGGAAUCGGGAGCGUGGUAGAGAUGCAGAACGCAAGCAAGCGGUUAAUGGGGAUGUAGCUGGCCCUAAACAUGAAAAGCAGAUUGUAACAAAGCUGGGAGAGAAGGUUGAACCGGUGGCAGAGGUCAAGAAGGUGGAAAGGGAGAGACCACAAUUGCCACCGGGGAGAAGCGGGGGUGUCUACAUACCUCCGUUCAAGCUUGCGCAGAUGCUUAAAGAGGUCGAUGAUAAAAGCAGCAACGAAUAUCAGCGUCUGACUUGGGACGCUCUGAGAAAGUCUAUCAACGGAUUAGUGAAUAAAGUGAACGCAUCCAAUCUGAAGAACAUUCUACCAGAGUUGUUCUCUGAGAACCUAAUUAGGGGCCGAGGGUUAUUUGCUCGCUCCUGCAUGAAAUCCCAAAUGGCUUCUCCCACUUUUACUCACGUCUUCGCCGCUCUGGUGGCUGUGGUGAAUACAAAGUUCCCAGAACUGGGUGAACUUCUCCUCAAGAGAAUCAUUCUACAACUGCGAAGGGCUUUCAAGCGAAAUGACAAGCCUGUACUUUUGGCCGCAGCCAAAUUUAUCGCACACCUUGUGAAUCAACAAGUGGCUCAUGAGAUACUUGCAUUGGAGCUUCUCACAGUCCUUCUCGAGAAUCCGACAGAUGAUAGUGUUGAGGUUGCUGUUGGUUUUGUCAAAGAAUGUGGUGCUGUACUUCAGAACCUCUCUUCGCAAGGACUACAUGCCAUAUUCGAGCGGUUUCGUGGAAUUCUGCACGAGGGAGAGAUCGACAAGCGCGUGCAGUUCAUGAUUGAAGGCCUUUUCGCAAUUAGGAAAGCGAAAUUUCAGGGAUUUGCUGGGGUAUUACCAGAGCUUGAUCUUGUGGAGGAGGAGGAUCAGAUUACACAUGAGCUUUCGUUAGAGGAUGACCUUGAUGAUGAGUCUUACCUUGAUGUUUUCAAGCCUGAUCCAAAUUUUGUGGAGGCUGAAAAGAAGUAUGAAGCCAUCAAAAGAGACAUACUUGGAGAUGAGUCCGAAGAGGAUGCAGGUGAAGAUGGAGAUAAGGAUGACGAUGAAGAAGAUUCUGACGAGGAGGAUGAGGAAGACGAGGAUGAACGAGAGCAAAGAAUGCAGAUACAGGAUGAAACCGAAACAAAUCUAGUUAAUUUGCGUCGAACAAUAUACCUCACAAUUAUGUCCAGCGUGGAUUUUGAGGAAGCUGGGCACAAACUUUUGAAAAUCAAACUCGAACCUGGCCAGGAGAUGGAGCUGUGCAUCAUGCUUCUGGAGUGUUGUAGUCAAGAACGUACAUAUUUGAGAUACUACGGAUUACUCGGGCAGCGGUUCUGCCUGAUUAACCGUGUGUACCAAGAAAAUUUUGAUCAGUGCUUUGUUAAGCAGUAUUCUAUGAUUCAUCGGCUGGAAACCAACAAGUUACGUAACGUUGCCAAGUUUUUCGCCCAUCUGCUGGGCACGGACGCUCUUCCGUGGCAAGCGCUAGCCUAUAUCCGACUUACAGAAGAGGACACUACUUCCUCUUCACGUAUUUUCAUCAAGAUUCUCUUCCAGGAACUAUCCGAGCAUCUUGGUCUCCGCAAGCUGAACGAGAGACUUUCCGAUCCUAUGAUGCAAGAAUCGUUCGAUGGAAUCUUUCCAAAGGAUAACCCGAAGAAUACGAGAUUUGCCAUCAAUUUCUUUACGUCUAUCGGUCUGGGUGGUCUCACUGACAGCCUGCGAGAGUACCUCAAGAAUAUGCCUCGUCUUAUCAUGCAGCAGCAUCCCACACUUCCUAGUGAGAGUGAGGAUUCCUCAUCAGAAUCAGAUGGAAGCGGAUCAGGUACAGAUUCAGAUUCCAGCACCGAGUCUGAUACGGUAAGCGAUGACAGUAGUGACAGUGAUAGCGAUUCUGACGGUGAGGCCAAGAAGAGGCGAAAGAGGAAGCAUAAGUGAGGGAAUUGGAACGUUUUUCCCUUUAACUUAAGUAUUUACAUGAGGGAGGUGGUUUAAUGUUUGGGAACCCACUUGGUGUAACUUACAAUUAUUCUCUGCUCCUGGUCAGAUGAAUGGGGUGUACAAGUUUGUGUAGGUUGAAAUGUAAAGAAGGUUUUGGCAAUUUACUCAAGUUAUGAUGAGAUAUUUUUC